GAGCCUUUUCCCGGGAGGAAGACGAGAAGCGUUCCGUGAUCUCGGAAUCCGGGCGUCCCGCUUCGCCUCAGGCCUAGAGGGGAAGCGCGGGGGGAAGGCGGCUCUUUCCCCGACGGCGGAGAGGAGGAAGAGGCUGGCGGGAGACGCCACGAGCCAGGCCGGUUGCUAAGCUUUUGGGAGGCCGCCGCCGGCGGAAGAGCAGGAGGAGGGAAAGCGACCCCCGGAGUAGCUGCCUCCGCCGUCGGGGAAGGCCCUUGGAGAUGGCGCCUCCGCCGAUGGUCUGCCCGGACGACCCCCUGGCCACCGAGACCCGCUCGCCGCAGGCCUGGGAGGGGGACCAUGAGAAGUUGGCCAAGAUUCAUUUUAAAAUUUUAAAAGGACAUUCAGCAGCUGUGACCUCCUGUCAUUUCUGUUUUGAUGAAACAAAAGUUCUUUCAGGCUCUUAUGACAGCACAGUGAAACUCUGGGAUAUUGCCGGUGCUGUCUGUAUUCAGACCUUUGAAGGUGAGCACACUGGGCCCAUUUCUGAAUGCUGCCUGAGUCCUGAUAAUAAAAGGUUGAUAACAGCAUCAUAUGAUAAAAGUCUAAGGGCCUGGGAUACUGAAACAGGGAAAGUGCUUUGGACUCUAGAGCAGGAUGGCCUUGUGACUUCAUGCCAUAUUUCUCACGAUGGCAAAUACGUCGCCUCCAGUUCAGAUUUGGAAAACGCUUUAUUCAUUUGUGGUGUAGAAGAUGCGAAAAAGGUGGCAUAUGUCAGAGAGUAUCACAGAAGCACAGUGAGAAGAUGUCGUUUUGAUCCUCAGAACCAACGAAUAGCUACGGUGUCAUCUGACAUGUCUUUAAAAUUCUGGGAUAUUAUAGCACAGUCUACCACAGUCACAAUUGAGCGGGCACACACCAAUGCAAUUGCAGAUUGCUGUUUCUCCUUGGAUGGCCAUUAUUUGUGCACAGCAGGUUGGGAUGAAGUCGUAAAGUUAUGGGAUAUCAGGACAGGGGAGUUCCGUUCCCAUGGACCCAUUAUUUUGGAUCAGGGCCACAUAGGAAUAGUUGGCUGCUGUGAUAUUAGUAAGGAUGCAUCGCUUGUGGUGUCUGGAGGUUAUGAUAAAACAAUCGUAAUCUGGGACUCACGAGAGGCAUAUAAAAAGCUAUGUUUAAAGGGUCAUGCAGAUUGGGUGACAGACAUUGCCUUGAGUAGCAACAAGAAGUGGCUUGUAUCUGCCUCAAAGGACUGUACUUUGAGAGUUUGGGAUGUUGCAGAUGCCCAUGAAGUCCCUGUGGUGGUCCAGGCCAUUAGAACAAGAGGCUCCAAGUUAGCAAAGUGUGAAGAAUGUAAGAAGUCUUUCCUGCUCUUCCACAAUGAUGAAGACAAAGUAGAAAUCAAUUGUGUUUUCUGUCGGCUGGCAAGUUACAAAGAAAGUGUUCUGCCAGAUCCCCCUCCAUUGCCUCCAUUGCCUCCUGAUUUUUAAAGGAAUCAGCAACAGGCCAUUGCUGGAAAUUUUUAAAGCGAUAAAAGUUAUUUGCCUGCAUAUACAGAACUCAGAACUGUUUUUUUAGUCUUUAAUUACAUACUGAAAUUCCUAUGGAAUAGAGUCAUUUGAAGGAUCCACUAUGUCCUACUGGUUGACAAGCGUAAAAUAAAAAAAUAAGUACUGCCAAGUGGAUUUACACAA